UUUGGUUAGAGAUUCGCGCCAGAUUUUGCGAUCAAAUCCAAAACUCAUGUGGUCAAUCCUUGAUAUUCGGUUUUCCAUUUCCAUUUCCAUUUUCCGUAGUGAAUUCUAAUCCAUCGAUCUGUCCAUUAUCAUUCAUCGGUCUCUAGUUUUUCUACCGAAGUGAUCGUUCAGGAACGAAUUUCAUCCAGUAUUUUUACUUUCAACAAGUCGGGCAAUCCUUCUUCUGUUUUUCAAUAAGUUGCUGUCAACUAGUUCAAAUUACGUCCAAAGAUGACUCAGCCAUCAACAAACAAGUUUAAAAUGCUUGACGAGAUGAAGUAUUUUGUCCAGAUAUUGCUAGCAAGAAGGCAAAUGACAGAGGACAAUGCAAAGACGGUAUUUUCAAAGAUAGUCCCACAGGAUUACGAGUUCGACCAAACGUUGGUACAUAUGAGUACGCACCUUCAGAAACAGGUGGAUUUGAAAAUUGCCAAAACAGUCUGUGAAAUUACUGACAAUAUUUAUUACUCAAUUGUUCCCUGUACUUAUAAGAAAGAAAGUUUUCAGCUGAAUUUAAUGAAGGACGCUGAAUUGGUAUUCUUUAAAAAAAUGAUUUUACAUAUUCUAGAAAACCAUACAGGUACUAUUGGCGAUGAUGCUAUUGAAGAAUUUCGAGUGGAGAGUGGCAUUUCUCGAUUAGCCGCGGAUAAUACAAUUGAGCGCCUAAUAGAAACAAAAUAUUUGAUGAGAGUCCCUAUAACUGAUGAAAUUGCCAUGGCACCUCUUUGCAUAGCAGAGUUCACAACCUUUUUGAAGGUAAAUUUUAGUGACAGGUUAAACUCUUGCAAAUUAUGCAACAGCAUCACAAUUAAAGGUGUUAGAUGUGUAAGUUGCGAUGAGCGCAUACAUAAACACUGUCUUUCAAAGUUCUUUGAAAAAUUGGCCGCAAGGAUGAGGAAGUGCCCCAGCUGCGGGGAACUCUGGCAAAAUUCUUGAGUUUUUCUUUACCAAUUUCUGAGAUUAAUUUGUUUUAUUCAAAUUUGUAACCAAAUUUGACCAUGAAAUUCCUGUAGUUCCAUCAAUUGGUCUUAAUAAUUUCUUUCAACCUGCAAUGGAUCCUUUACUUGUCAUACCAUUUACUCACAUCAUUUACUUUGUGUGACUAUCCAUUGCAGCAGUACUAAUAAAAUCUUACUUAUUUAUUGUAAUAAGCUCGUAGCUGUCCUGUACUGAGAUGAUAUCAAAAUAAGAAUGUACGAUCCUUUCCUUAAUUUUGAGAAUUUUAUCUAUUCCCUGUUUUAAAUGUGUAGUUUUUUGUAAUGUACCAUACCUAAUGAUAAUGAAAAAUUAAAACAAAUUGAUCCACA